UAAAACAUGCCCUAUCACUCAAAUGACAGUGCUAACAUGCUUGGAGUAUCAUUUAAUACAAAGAAGGACCCCGAUCAAGUACUGUUUUAUUAAGAGGUAAUAAAUCAACAAUAAAUUGCGUUUGGAAAAUAAAGCGGAAGCAUGGACCUUAAACCACACCUUUACUAAAGUUCACGUAUCUCUACCGGAUCGUUCGAUCAGUUAUGGAAACCUGUUAUUCACUAGAUCGUUAUUGAAAGCAAGUAAUUUGCCGCAACAGAAGGAAGCAAUUAUGCCAUCAGGGACGUCAUUUGCUUUAUAUGUAGGAUAGCACGGAAUCGACGGAAGUUUGUGCGGUUUUGCAUCUUGGUUUGAUGGCGACGCCAGUAUGGACUGAAUCGUCUCUGGCUCGCUCAUCGCGACUUGGGCUGCAGGUGCUGGAGAGGGCACAGAAACGCAGUGUAGACUGGAGAAGUGUGAGCUGCUCCGGCCGCCUAAGGCCACCGGAAGAUAAGCCGAGGAGCGAUGGCCGGGAUCGGACCCAGUCGGGGAAUCGGGCGGUAGAUGAACACGCAUGUAGCAAGCUGAACAACACGUUUGAUACCGUCUUGCAGUUUAUGGCAAACACAACCUAUCAAUGCAAGAAAUUCUACUCGUCUGUGCCUGUUCAUGACCCCAGUGAGUAUGAAGUGAACCAUGUUUGUAGGUAUCAUUCGCGCAAACAUCCUGCGCCACCCCGGACUAUCUGCACUAAAAACGAGCAAAAGAGCGCACCGGAGGAUUUUCACAUUUUGGUGUCUCCUGGUACUUACAAAAUUACUGCUGCCGCUAUGGAUGCAACGCAACAGACCCAUUUAGUUCAAAUUAAAGCAGGAGAGAGUGUCCGUCUUGCAUUUCAUCUUUAGUUCACUGCUUGUAUGUUUUGUCAUAACAAAGAAUUUAUUUGUGUUCUUUGAGUAUUCCAAAGAAGAUUCUUUUUUUGCCAAUUUUAAGCCAUAAACAUGUAAGUGAAGAUUGGAUUUUUAUAUUUUGAUAAUAUAUGUCUGAGUGUAUUAAAUUCAUAUAAAAGCUUUUAUAUACAUUACUAUGUAAUGAAAUAAAGAUCUGGUGUGUUUCA